CCUGAAAAUCCCUACUCGCCAUGAGCCAUGCUCGCUUGGCUGCUCCUGCUGCCCUUGGCAAAUGGCAGGCAACUCCUUGGGCACAGCUUGAAUUCACUGGCGUUACCUCCCCGCUGCAAGGUUGGACUUGGGGAGCCUCAGCAUCUUCUUUGGGUGGACUGGUCUUUGCGAUCACCUGGCCGAAUCCAGCUGCAGGAGGUGCAGCUUGCCUGGCACUUGCCUCUGCCAGAGAACCUGGAGGAGCAAGCCAUCUUCAUUGCUCAGCUCCGGAGGCAUGGCGAGGCCUUCACUCUCCAGGAGGUCCACCACGUGCCGUUGCGUGAGAUCUCCCGCAGUGAGGGGUUGCCGCUCCUCAACGGCUCUCUUCAGCUGGUGCUGGAUGAUUCUGAUCUGCUGGGCCUCUUUGAAUUGUGUGAAGGCAACAGCCCUGUCGCAGCAGGUAGCUUUCCUGGCGCCUUUGCCUUUACUGUUCAGGGGGAGAUCAAGCGUGGUCGACAGGUUGACCUAUCAAUGGCCGAAUCUGCUCGACAUCCGGCCUGGGCAUUCUCCUUCAUAGAAGAUCAUGCCUCACCCGUAGCACGCGAAGGUGGUGCUGUGCAAAUACUGGCACGUGUGGUGGAAGAGGCAAAGUGCCACAAUGAAGAUAACCUUGUGAAGAACCUCCGCAGUCUUGCUACUUGUCCAUGGGCGCACAACUAUCCGAUCUACAUCCUUCACACGGCGCAGAUGGAAGGCGCUGAAGAGGAACAGCUCUUGAGUUGGAUGGAUGGACUGCGCUUUGCGCAGGAUGGAAUGGACCUGCGAUUCCUGGACGUAUCCGAGGACUUCCAGCGAGUUGAAGUGGGUGACUCCAAGGUGAAGAUCGACCAAGAUGAUCUGCUCUGGUUUGACGCCACCUUGACCAACUCCCCAGAGAUCCGCAAGGCCAAACCAAGACGCUUUCAGGCUGGCUACCGACACAUGUGCCGCUUUCAGAGCUCGACCGUGUUGACGCUUCCAGUUUUUCAGCACACGCGAUACUUGUUGCACCUGGACUCAGAUGCAACUUUUCGGUGUGAAGGAUCAGAUCAGCUGGAUCCCUUCCAGGAGAUGGCACGAAAGGAUUAUGUCUAUGGGCUGUUUGAGGUUGGCCUGGAAGACCCUGGUUGUACCAAAGGGUGGUCCAACUUCCUCAAGGAGUGGGUCCUUCUGAAUGAUAUCGAGCUUCCCAAUCCCGUCGCUGCGCUUUCCACGGCUGGCAAGACGAUCACCCAGGUUGAUCCAUACAACAAAUCUGAGAGGAUGAUUGAAGUGCCCUUGGGCUCUCUAUCGCUGACAUGGGGAACGGCCUGGGAGGUCUUAGAUUUGGACUUCUUCACCUCCCCAGUUCUGAUGCAUUUCAGCAAGCGGGUGGAGGGCGCUUUGGGGCAUUACAGGUUUCUUUGGGGUGAUCAUCUCAUCCGUGCGUACCAGGUGCUCCUUUACGCACCUUUGGAGCGGGUACGUUGCUUCGAUACUGCUGAGCUCCACGGCAGACACGGCUGCUCUGCAGAUGGCCAGUUUGGCAUCGAGGAGGAGGAUCCCGAGGGUUGGCAGAAUAUUUACAGCGUUCUGGACAAUGUCAGUUGUCCUCAUUUGUGGUAUGCAGAUGGUUUGGAAGGCGUUGAAUGGCGUGGUGGUCCUGGCAGCGGGACUUCGCCCAUAGCAUGUCUCAAGAUGUGCAACAGCCUGCCGGAUUGCCAGGGCUUUGACUUCGUCUACCGAGACUUGUCGCAGAACUGCGACUGUGUCAUGCGCAUGGGCCGCGCCUUCGACGAGGUCAAACCCUUGUACCAGACGGAGACUGUACAGGAAAUGCAGGAGUGCCAUGGAGGUGGAGUGCAAGGUGAUGCGAUGGCACCUUGGCUUCCGGUCUCAGAGCCUGGUGCCACGCUGUUGGGGGCGGCCAACCGCUACCAGAUCAUCGAGAGAAUGGUGGAAAGGCAGAUGAAUUGCAGCCUCUGGCAAGAGGAGAUAGCGGAAAGAAUCCGCCGAGCCGAUGUGGAGCGCCUCCAGGAUUUACCUUGAGAAAAGGUGGAGCUGCUGAG